GAACACACCAAUACCACACAGGCCACAGGCAUCUUUCAGGCAAGUCCUCUUUGUAUCUUUAUUCAAUUGAUGUGACAUACUUGAUUUUGGUUAUUAUUUUAGUUCACAGAACACUUGUAAAUUAGGUAAAUGCAUUUUCUUUCAAAUAUAUAUUAGUGCAGAAAUGUUCAGGUAUUUAAAAUUAAAUGACAUGAUAAAAUGGUAGUUACACAGUUUAACCAUUGAAAUACCCAAGCAACUGUAUAAAAUACAAAAAUUCAGGUCACCUUUGUGGAACUUAAACAACUCUACAAACAGCUUCAAGAAAAUGGACAGCGUCCAACAUAUUGACUCAGCAAAAGUCAAUGAAGGAGCCAAAAAGGACAUAGAGCUACACAAUCAAAGGGACAAAUCCAUAGAGGAGGGACAGAGACUCCUCAUCCUCACCGAUGAGCAGCCGUGGAAACCAUGGCAACGGUCCCGCUCCUGGGUAAAAGGUCAGGCGAAAGGGAUUAUUGCAAUAACAAAAAAUAUCGCUGAUCGAUGCUAAAUCCAUCUAUAUAAUGUUACAGUUUUUCUCAAUUGCAUACAAGCAGUUUUGGGAUAUGUAUUGAAAUGUAUCUAUAGCAGAACAGCAAAGAUCAAAUGUUCAAAUAAUUUGAUUGUCUUUGUACCUGAUUUGCAUAUCUUAGACCACCUUUUGCGACACUUUAAAUACAAAUGUCAUCAGUGAAUACAAAAUUCACUGUUAAGUGUUUAGUUCACAGAAUAUUAAUGCAUUGUUUUCAUCAAAAGAGAAAUGUGUGUAAUUGUGUUCACUGUUUCCGACAAUCAGAAAAUACUACUUAAAUAAAUUCUAAAUCACCCCAUUAGUGUCAUAUCAUGUACAAUGUAGGGAAAGACCUAGGCAAUAGGGACUGUCAUGUUUUUAUGAUUCUUUACAAUAUUAUGGACAUGCAGAGAUGCAGAGAAGGUUGGGUUAUUUCUAAGUAACUUUGAGUUACUCCUAAGUCAUUAUCUCCAACAUUGUGACCUUCCAUUAUAGAGCUUUGCUUUGCUGUGGAUUGAGGCCUCAUUCAUAUCAGUUGUGUUCCUCCAUUGUAUUCACCUUUCCUUAUUUCUAUUGUGGAUUGUGUUUCUGUGCGCCAAUGAAAAGUCUACAAAACUAUUAGCAAACCAGCCUUUGUAUUGAAUACAUGGAACUGGAUUGUGAUGACACCGAUGAAUGAAUCCUGCACACAAUGUGCUUAUUUUUUUUAAAGGAAUAAUGUUUGAUUGGAUAUGUAUGAAAUUGUUUGGUGAAAUAUGCAUAAAAGGAGAGUAAUUGUCCAUAAUUCUGCACCUUUGGAUAGUUGUACUUCCAAUUUUGAUCAUCAUGAUUUACUGACUGCAAAUUGUUUUUAUUAAUCUACUGAGAUUUUUAAAAGACAGACUAACUUUCUGGUUUUUCUGCUUGGACUCAAGAGAUAAGUAUGGUUGCGUUAAUCUUUUUGCAGGCAAUUGUGUUCUUUUGAUGAAUGUAUUUGCAGUUUUGACGGUAUAAUAUAGUUUUAUUUAUUAUUAUUUAUGAUGUAUUUAUGUGUUGAAAACGCAUGUACUGUUUUGAAAAUCGACAACACUGUUCCAAAAAAGGCUUGUAAGCGAUUGAGAAUUACUGUAAGUGCCUACUUUAAGGGUAAUCUUCUCUUAUUUCAUGUAUUGUCAAUGUGUGCCAUUGCCAUUUUGUCUGUGGUAAAUCUGCUAAGUUAACACAUGCUGCUCUUUGUCUAGAGUGUCUGGUGAGGGUGAGAUGUGUCAUGGGUUCCCUGAUGGGGAUGGAGUGGUACUGUUUCGCUGCUCUCGGGGUUCUGACCGCUUUCCUUAGUUUUCUCAUGGACCUGAGUGUGGCAAAGCUGCUUCGAGGUUAGAAACACAUACACAUAUGCACAAACAUUCAGUAUAGAGUAUGUAGCUGGGUGAGUGAUACUCCUCUCUUGCCCCCCCCCCCCCCCCCCCCACCCCCCCUCCCUCUCUCACUGUAGCUCACCAGUGGUUGUAUAGUCAGUUGGAGGGCCACUGUCUGCUGCAGUUCCUGUGCUGGACCCUGUACCCAGUCUCACUCUCUGCGCUGUCCACAUCUUUCUCUCAAAGCAUCUGUCCAUUCUCUGCAGGUAGGAGUUGAAAAAUUAGUACAGACCGGGAAGAAAUGUGAGGCCUAGAAUGACCCUAUCCCGCCCAGUUAAAAUCAGGCAUGAUGACAUAACAAAGUCAAAACAUGGUGUUUUUAUCCAAGUUACAUAAACUUUAUCUGACAGAAAAAGACAAGAAUUAUGUUAUUUUCUAAAUCCACAUAAUGACAUUUAGAGAGACGUAGCCAACAGAAAAAGUCAAACAUGAUCUAAUCAAUGAACCUACCAUGAAAUAAUUUGUGGCAGACAGAAAAGUCAAACAGUAUCUAUUUGAUUAACCUAUUCAAUAAUACGUCUGGCAGGCAGAAAAAGUAAAACAUCAUCGAAUUGAUGAAACUACCCUUAAAUAAUUGGUGGCAUGGUACGAGUCAAUGUUUCUCUGUUUCUACCUUUAGUGCAAGGGAUUGACAAGCUACAGUAUGUCUCAUCUCCUAUAGGCUAUAUGAGGACUACUUAGAUUCAAACUAACACUUCAGAAUUUGACUGUCAUCAUUUGUUUUGUAUAAUUGUGCAACAGGCUUUAAAAGAAUAAUGAUAUUGCACAAAAUCACAGUAAUGUGCAGAGUUAAAAGUCUAAGCACCUGGUUGGCUCCUGUCUUUGGCUUUCCGCCUUUAGGUUCUGGGGUUCCAGAGGUGAGGACCAUCCUGUCUGGUGUGGACAUGCCACAUUACCUGUCCCUCACCAACCUAUUUGCCAAAUACGUGGGUCUCAUCUGCACACUGGCAGCCGGCAGCACUGUCUUCCUGGGAAAAGUGGUAUGAUACUCCUCUUUUCACUCUCUCUCUCUCUCUCCCUCUCUCUCCUCUCACACGCACACACACACAAAUAAUGUCUCCGUUCCAACUUCCAGGGUCCAUUUGUGCAUCUCUCCACCAUGGUGGGAGCCUAUCUGAACCGUCUCUGCACUGUUCUCCGUGGUGAGAAGGAGGUAAUAUUGUGUUACAGGGGAAAAAAAUCCACAAAUGGGCAAUAUUUUGUGUACUCAUGUCCUCUUCUUCAUGUUGUUUCUAUAGGAGAGAACUGAAGGAGCGAUGCUGGUUGUGGCUGCUGCUGUUGGAGUAGCCAGCUGCUUCGGGGCCCCUAUCAGUGGUGUGUAUAGAAGUCACAUCACCAUACAGUAUCUAGCAUAGAGCAUUAGAAUUCCAGUAUAUUUUAUUUAAAUGUAUCUCCUCACUUCAUCUGUCUCUCUCUGAGUUGUGAAAUUGACAUGUACCUCUCUCCUCUCGGUCCUUUCCCAUCUCGCUUUCCCCUGUCUCUUCAUUCUGCCUCUCUCUUUCUCUUGCCCUCCACCACCACCUCUCUCCCUCUUUCCUCUCUCUCCCUCCUUCUUUAUCUGUCCCUCCUCCCCCUCACCUUUCCCCUGUCUCUCUCCUCCCCCUAGGUGUGUUGUUUAGCGUGGAGGUGAUGUGCUCUCACUUUGCCCUAAAAGACUACUGCCCAUGCUUCUUUGCGUCGGCCUGCGGAGCGCUCACCUUCCAUCUGCUCUCCAUGUGGAGCGGCGAGCAAGGUGAGGUGGCCAAUAUAAUGAAAUAGAAUACAUGUUGUGAAUGUAUCCCUGACCAAGAUGGCUGCCAUUAUCACCACACCUUAGAGCUAUAGAUGGGUUGGUUGUUUAGCAACAAAACCGAUGCGUGCGCAACUAUGGGGCAAAACAGACGGGUUGGCUUAGAUUGUUGACAACAUGUAAACUAUAUUUAGUCUCCAAUGUUUAUUGAAAACAUAAAUAAAGUUGCACAAUGAGCACUUUUUGUCUCUCAAAUACAUCGUUACUGUUGUUGGUUAGCUAGCUAGAGAAUUGUAGCCAUACUAGCAUAGAUGUGACAUCAGUCAAAACUCCUCAAAACAAGACAUGGUUUCAAGACCAAGAUUAAACUAACUGAAAUGAGUCACUUAAGAUUCCCCACAUGGCAGUUUCUUGUCAUUGUUGCUAGCUAUCUGGCAUCCAGAAUCACAACAACACACAGCCUUCUGCCCCACUGAAGCAUGCUCAUCAUUUUCGUGGUGUUCUCAGCUAAUCCGUCUAUGAGGGUCAAAGCCUAAUAGAAUUGUCUUAGUAUUGAAUCUAGAUAUGCAUUCUAUGGUGAUUUCAUUAGGAAAGGCCAAGGGAGAGCUGUGUGCAGCAGUAUAGAGUGAAAGGGAAGCAGAUUGUGUUCUAUGCCUCCUCCAGAGACUCUUCAGGCCUUGUUUCAAACCAGCUUCUCAGAUGACUUGCCUUUCUACCCACUGGAGAUUCCAGUCUUUGCUGUAUUGGGGUAAGUCUGUUUUGUCACCAUGUUGGUGAAUCUUCUGUAGUGGGGUAAUAUUUGAUAUGCGUAUAUAUACUGUAUACCUCACACACGACCCAUAAUAAGACUGUAAAGUUAAUAUGACAUAAAGUAUAUUAAAUGAAUUAUCUGACUCCAUAAGAUGAUUUAGCGAUAUGCAACCAAUACUCUUAAAGAGCUACAGGAAUAGACUAUCAAGAAAGGAAUAAGAAUUGUCUAUAUCAAAGGCAGAUGUUUAAUAUCAUUGUAAAAUGAAUGAAAUCACAUACAAGGCAUAAAGCUUAAGUUAUAAAGCAUUAACAAGCAUUACAAGGCAUUAUUCUAGGCAUGAUCAGAGAGAGAGAUAGAGAAGUCAUAGCCUGAAAAGCCAUGCCACAAGAGUCCAUGGGCUGGAGAGAGAAAGAGAGAAAGUGUAUCUUACCAGCACAGGUCAGGAACAAAGAAAGAGAGGAAGACAAUGAAGCUAAUAACCUUUUAUAAGCAUCUGACUUGUUUGGAUUGAAAAUCUGAGUUGUUGACCAAUAGCAUUAAGUGAGUCAACUUCCAAUCAGAUAUCAGACCUACAUGAUGUAAAGACAACUGAACCUCUGUAUCGCAGAAGUGUGACAAAAUGGGGGUUGGAGAGAUAAUGCAGCAUUCCUAAGACAACACAAAGGAAACCUCGCAUACAGUUGAUGAGUCACUUCAGGAGCUGGGCCGCCCUACAUCUUCUAUAUCUAUAGUUCAUCUAUAGUGUUCAAAAUCAUUGUAAUUCAUGUAAUCAUUGCUUCAGAGUAAGUGAUGUUGUUCAGCUUUCAUUAGAUUGCAAAUGUUCAGCUUUGUCUCGCUUCCAUAUGUUACCAUUAUACCUAUGAGCUUUUCACCAUACCUUUUCUCUAGGUAGACUCCUCCAUUUCACCCUUUCCCCUCUCUCAAUGACUUCCAACUGCCCAUUGCUGCCUGUGCUAUGGCUAUAUACAGUGAGGGGAAAAAGUAUUUGAUCCCCUGCUGAUUUUGUACGUUUGCCCACUGACAAAGACAUGAUCAGUCUAUAAUUUUAAUGGUAGGUUUAUUUGAACAGUGAGAGACAGAAUAACAACAAAAAAAUCCAGAAAAACGCAUAUAAAAAAUGUUAGAAAUUGAUUUGCAUUUUAAUGAGGGAAAUAAGUAUUUGACCCCUCUGCAAAACAUGACUUAGUACUUGGUGGCAAAACCCUUGUUGGCAAUCACAGAGGUCAGACAUUUCUUGUAGUUGGCCACCAGGUUUGCACACAUCUCAGGAGGGAUUUUGUUCCACUCCUCUUUGCAGAUCUUCUCCAAGUCAUGAAGGUUUCGAGGCUGAUGUUUGGCAACUCGAACCUUCAGCUCCCUCCACAGAUUUUCUAUGGGAUUAAGGUCUGGAGACUGGCUAGGCCACUCCAGGACCUUAAUGUGCUUCUUCUUGAGCCACUCCUUUGUUGCCUUGGCCGUGUGUUUUGGGUCAUUGUCAUGCUGGAAUACCCAUCCACGACCCAUUUUCAAUGCCCUGGCUGAGGGAAGGAGGUUCUCACCCAAGAUUUGACGGUACAUGGCCCCGUCCAUCGUCCCUUUGAUGCGGUGAAGUUGUCCUGUCCCCUUAGCAGAAAAACACCCCCAAAGCAUAAUGUUUCCACCUCCAUGUUUGACAGUGGGGAUGGUGUUCUUGAGGUCAUAGGCAGCAUUCCUCCUUCUCCAAACACGGUGAGUUGAGUUGAUGCCAAAGAGCUCGAUUUUAGUCUCAUCUGACCACAACACUUUCACCCAGUUCUCCUCUGAAUCAUUCAGAUGUUCAUUGGCAAACUUCAGACGGGCCUGUAUAUGUGCUUUCUUGAGCAGGGGGACCUUGCGGGCGCUGCAGGAUUUCAGUCCUUCACGGCGUAGUGUGUUACCAAUUGUUUUCUUGUUGACUAUGGUCCCAGCUGCCUUGAGAUCAUUGACAAGAUCCUCCCGUGUAGUUCUGGGCUGAUUCCUCACCGUUCUCAUGAUCAUUGCAACUCCACGAGGUGAGAUCUUGCAUGGAGCCCCAGGCCGAGGGAGAUUGACAGUUAUUUCGUGUUUCUUCCAUUUGCGAAUAAUCGCACCAACUGUUGUCACCUUCUCACCAAGCUGCUUGGCGAUGGUCUUGUAGCCCAUUCCAGCCUUGUGUAGGUCUACAAUCUUGUCCCUGACAUCCUUGGAGAGCUCUUUGGUCUUGGCCAUGGUGGAGAUUUUGGAAUCUGAUUGAUUGAUUGCUUCUGUGGACAGGUGUCUUUUAUACAGGUAACAAGCUGAGAUUAGGAGCACUCCCUUUAAGAGUGUGCUCCUAAUCUCAGCUCGUUACCUGUAUAAAAGACACCUGGGAGCCAGAAAUCUUUCUGAUUGAGAGGGGGUCAAAUACUUAUUUCCCUCAUUAAAAUGCAAAUCAAUUCAUAACAUUUUUGACAUGCGUUUUUCUGGAUUUUUUUGUUGUUAUUCUGUCUCUCACUGUUCAAAUAAACCUACCAUUGAAAUUAUAGACUGAUAAUUUCUUUGUCAGUGGGCAAAUGUACAAAAUCAGCAGGGGAUCAAAUACUUUUUUUCCCUCACUGUAAAUACAUAUGCUCCUGCAGCUCUAACUGUGUAUUUCUUUAUCUCUCCAACAGGCUUCUGUGCGGAGCAGGUAGCUGUGCCUACCUAUUCUGUCACCGUUGGAUACUGCUGUUCAUAAAGACAAACAAAAUCCUGAUCAAAGUCUUGUCGACUGAGUGAGCAACCUGUGUUUAGAAACACUCCAUUGUAGAUUUUUAUAUGAAUCAGCCAUUUUAUAUUACACAACAACAUAUAACCGCUUGAUGAUAAGUUUGAUGUUGAUCUAACUGUUGAUCCAUUCCAUGAAAUAAUAAGAUGCUGUUUGGAUGUCUCUCUCUCUCUAGGAAGGCCCUAUACUCCGCUAUGGUGGUGUUCCUUCUUGCAUCUGUGACUUUCCCUCUUUCUGCUGGUCAAUAUAUGGCUUCCAAGGUGAGGAGGAUUUUUUAUGAGACAACAUUGGCAAGACAUGACAUUGAAAGUAUUGUCACAGGAUUGUUAUUUUGAAUGGAUAAUUGGUUUUGGAAGGCUCCUACAGCCCAGACUCCAGCUGCUGCUGCUGCUUCUUCUUCUUCUUCUUCUUCUUCUUCUUCUUCUUCUUCUUCUUCUUCUUCUUCUUCUUCUUCUUCUUCUUCUUCUUCUUCUUCUUCUUCUUCUUCUUCUUCUUCUUCUUCUUCUUCUUCUUCUUCUUCUUCUUCUUCUUCUUCUUCUUCUUCUUCUUCUUCUUCUUCUUCUUCUGUGAACCCUGCUAAAGGAAGGCUCUUUGUUUUUCUACCACAGCUCACCAUUAAGCAGCUCCUCUCUUCCCUCCUGGACAGCAGGCAGUGGACCUCUCAAUCCCACAAUGCCUCUGUGGCGUUGCAGCCAAACUUGUUUCCCUGGUCAGAGUGGAUUCCUUCAGGGAAUCCAUACCUCACUCUGGGAUUCUUCCUAUUCAUGAAGGUACAUGGGAGGAAAAGAAUAAUGGACAGAAUUGAAAGAGGAAUCUAUACAUGAAUAAUGUGAAAACAUUUGUAAAACCUUUAUCUCGAAUCGACAAGAGAUGCUGUUAACAAAAGCAGAAGUACCAAUAUACCAGCCCCAAGGUCCGCCAGAGGGCGCUGUUAUUCCUUACUUUUCCUUUGGCGUCCCAACUUGUUCUGUCCAGCUGGUUAUACACUCGUGUCCCGCCGCAACAAGCAGCCACAUAAAACAUUCACUUAAGGGUCUGCAUAUUUUCACAGGUUUUUUAGGGCUGCUCGGCAUUAAAGCUAGUUUAGGAGGAAACUGACUCCUUUGCAGCCUGAAUGGAGGAUGUUUUAUUUGGCUGCUUGUCGUGAGUGUAUCACGUCUGGGCAGAUCAAAUUGGAACGGCAGAGGAGAAAACGACAUAAGGAAUAAUUGCGCCCUCUGGCGGGUUUUGGGGUUGGCACUAUACCUAUAUUUUACCGUUAUGCAGUACUCUGGCUUUUUACAUGGACUGUGAAUCAGUACAUUUGUGUGUGAAAAAGCUUUUUUGUGGAGGGGAAAAAUUGUGGAAAAGCACAUUUAAAUGGUUACAUUUCACCUGAUUCUCAAUGCGAUUUUCACACCCAUACAGAUUCCUAUGACUUAUUAAUAUCACAAUAAUUACAGUCAUUCUGACAGUUGAAAUGUAAGGGGAAUACUUGAAUAUUUGAGCGGAAUGUUUGACUUCCGCUGUCUUUCAUUGUUUCUGUUGUGUAGAUGUGGAUGCUGGUGUUGGCUUGCACCUUGCCCCUGCCAGCCGGUUACUUUAUGCCUGUCUUUAUCUAUGGUAAGUGGGGGGGGGAUCAGCCUGAUCCCAGAUAUGUUUGUGCUCUUUUGCUAAUGCCAACUCCAUUGCUGCCAUUGUCAAGCCAUGUAAUGAUAGCACAAACAGACUGGCACUCAGGCUAGGGGAGAAUAACUAAAUCAUGUGGCCAAACGUGACCAAGCUGCCGAUGUGUAUUGCCACCCAAUACUAAAUAAUGUGUGUUCAUUUACAUUUGAUGUUAACAAUUGUUCCUGUAUUUGUUGCUGUUGGUCAGGUGCUGCUAUAGGACGUUUAGUCGGGGAAGGAUUGGCAUAUGUGUCCCUAAAUGGUGUCUAUUUAGACCAAGAUAGGAAUCCAAUCAACCCUGGAGGCUAUGCACUGGCUGGUAAACUAAUUGUAUACAGACAUGUCAUUUGAAAUGGAUAAAUAUAAACAAUGGUAUCUUUAUUUACAUGGUUAGCAGCUGGAAAGAGAAUGAUGAACCAAUCAUUUCAGAGGGGAAAUUAUUUGUGUUCUCUCUUGCCAACUCCUACAGUUAUCUGUUGUCACUCCAAACAUGUUUGGCAUGACAAUUCCAUAAGGAUUGGCCAGACAGGACAAACAGACUGGUACCUAGGCUAAGUUCUCAUUUGAUUGAUCUAAAUUUAGAAUUUGGGGUGUUCAGCACAUCUUUCAAAUGGAGAUAGAAACAUGGAUGAAAUAAUGUUCCAUCCUUUAAAGUAUAGCAAUGAGCUAUACUGUAUUGCCCAUGCUGUAUUAUCUAAGGUGCAGCAGCGUUCUCAGGGGCGGUCACACACACGCUGUCCCCUGCCCUCCUGGCUCUGGAGCUGACCGGCCAGUCCACCCACGCCGUGCCCAUCCUCCUCGCCACACUGGUGGCCAAUGUCCUGGCACGCUCUGGGCAGCGCCCAUCCUUCUACGAUGCCCUCUCCAUCAGCAAGAAGCUCCCGCACUUACCCUCCCUUCUCAAGGUCUGCCCAAGGUGAGUCACACAGGACACAUUACCCAGCUAGUCAUAACAUUCCCUAAAUGUUUUCUUUUGGUUAUUCAAAGAAGAAAAAAACUUUAACACAACGUUCUGAGAACAAAAUGUUUUAGCUAGGUAGCAACAGCAAGCGCUUAAGAAAGUGUAUGCGAAAACCAAAGAUUUGAUCAAAGAGACACACAUUUUCAAACAGCUCAAACAUUUUUACAGCUACCGACACAUGUUAAUGUCUCCUCCUUAAAUAAUUGGAUUACAGCUGCAUUUCAUAAGUGAAUCAAACUAAAUACCCCAGUUAUUGACAUGAGAGAUCUUCUGUUUCCCCCCAGGCUCUCCUCUGUCCCAAUAGGGAAGGUACUGGGUCCUGGAGGUCCAGUGCUGGAGAGGGCAGCUGGGCCAACGGAGGUUCAGCAGGUUCUCAACACAUGCAGCCAGACACAGAUCCCUGUGGUCGACACACUGGGUGAGUGUACCCACUUCAAAAACUAGUAGAGAUAAUUAGCAUAGCGGCAAGCCUCUGUCCAACUGAUGGUGGUAGAACAGCGGUUUGCCGCAUGCGGGAUUAUGAUGGCAAAACAACAGCUGCCCUCCCUUGCCUUGUUUUCUGUGACAGACUUACAACAUUCAAUUAAACUUAGUUUGAAUGUUUUUUUGUCCUACAUACAGUUGUGGUUCCUGUGACAAUAUGCCACAAUAGUUAAUGGCAACCCAACUGUCACUUAUACGUCAACUGGCAGUCAGCAUGUUGCUAUGGGCAUGAUAUAGAAAUUAUGAACUAUGUAAAAGAUUUUACUGUCUCAGUUUGAUAUGACAGUGCUGUGAUAGGAGAUGGGGAAUCAAGAAAUAAGUGUGAAAAGGUCCAUCAGGUCAGAUGAGACUUAUGACAGCAAUGAAAUAAGUUGGAGGCAUAUGUAUGUAUUCAUUUGAAAGAGUGUUGUGUUUCUCAUAGCAACACAAUACUGCAGUUAAUAACACUUGAGCUAAUUGUGUCCGUCCCUGUCCCCUGCUUCGCUCUUGGUUUAAAGGCUCGCGGAUUCUGCUAGGUUCAAUUAACAGAUCGGACCUGCAGACGUUUCUAUGCCACAACCACAAUAAGGUCAGUGACCUUACGCGAGUAUCACUCUACGCGAGUAUCACUCUUAUUAGGUGUUUUGAAAUUGACAAGAUGUCUCAUUCUGUUUUUAAACAUGACAUACCAUUACUUUAUUUUUCAGGGAUUGAAGAAACAGUUGGUGGAUAUGUGUUCUAUUCAGCCUGUUUCUGUCCAGCUCUCCCCUGAUACAACUGUCCAGGAGGUGAGGAGUUUGAGGAGACACUCACUUGUCAGGGACACAUCUUUGUAGGUGUAUGGAGUCAAUAUAGGGCCAGCCUCAGUCUCAGCUGGACUUGUGUCAGUUUCAUCUGUCCUUUGGAGUCCCUGGAUUACAUGCUCUGUCAGUGAAUUAUUCUCUCUCCCUUGUGUCAGGCUCAUGGCGUCCUCAGCAUGCUGUGUGGCGAGAGCCUGUUUGUGACUGAGAGAGGGAGGCUAUCUGGUGUUGUCACAUGGCCAGAGGUGACGAGUGCUUCCCGACACACGCAUGCAAACAUGCACGCACGCACGCACGCACACACACACACACAUAGACCUUACCACUCCUACUUAGAGGAAUGGAGACAGCUACACAUUCUACACAGCCAUACUAAUACAUAUACAGUACAUCUCCAUCAGCUCUCAUUCUUGUUCUCUCUCCCUCUCUCUCUUUCUCUCUCUCUCUUGUUCUCUCUUUCUCACAGAUGAAGAGAAUGAUGGAAGUUUUGGCUGAUGACCUCUAAGAUAUGGACAGACAGAACCGGUAUUAUUUACUCCCAACAAGAAUCUAUCCCUAAAUACGCCGAACAAUAUUGAUUCUUAUAAUGCUAAUAAUGAUACUUUGUCUUCAUUUUAUAAUGAUAAGCUUUUUGGUGAUUUGCUAAUCACCAAUCACCAAGGCUAUUUCAUAACAGUUAUAAGAGCUUAUUGAUAUGCCGCUAGGAGAUGUAACUCCCUUGCGGUUUUGGAUGAUCUUGUUUACUGACCCGGAGAUAUCUCUAAGGACACUGUGAUAUUCAAAGUAAUUACACAUCGUGCCUAAGAACAUCCCUUAGCCUUAGUGUGUUAUUUAUCAGGAUAUACCAUGUGCUCUUAUGCCUUAUUGCGAGUUAGAGCAAUUUCAACCUAUAGUGGAUUCUGUAAUGCCGCAAACAACUUCUCUUCUGCUUCAGACCAUUAUUUACUUAUCUGUUACUCCCAGCAAUUUUCUCCCUUCAAUUCAGUCCUUUUUCACUUUGAACGGAACGACCCAAUGUUGUUGCUGUACGGGUCUGAUUUAGGACUAGAUUCUAUGAGAUCCACGGUAGCCGACACCCGCGGUUGUUUUGGCGGUGUUGCAGGUGGAACUGCGUUAGAGCUGUCAAAUCCACAAGCGGCUUCCGGCAUUAUACCUAAAGCGGACAUUGCCAUUGGCUGAACGGGGUUGCAUUAAAAUAAAUCCCAUGCAGCCUUUUUUACAAGUUCGAACACUGGAAUGUGAGAUGUAAUCUACACCUCAAUUAGGCUGAUAGAAAUCCUCAUUAUUUUGUUUAAUCAUUUUCAAUUUGAUAUAUAGCCUACACUUUCUCGUUCUGAACUUCUAAUGCGAGUGGGACAGGUCUGGUUUAGUGGCAAUGACCACACGAGCAGCUGCUCAGAGAUUUGACAGCUCUAACGCAGUUACACCUCUGCCAUCUCCUCAAUUGGACAUUGUAGGGCUGCAACAGGGGAACAAAAGCACAGAGCCAAUGUGUAAUACAGCAUUGUGUAAAUGUCUAUUGAAAGAACAAGGGGCGAGAUAACGGUAAUAUUCUAAUCUCCCUGUCUCUCUCUCUCUUUCUCACUCACUCACUCUUUUCCCUGCAUCCUUCCUUCUGCUCCCUGGCAGACAAGUGUGAAUAAUGACUAAUCAUAGUUGGGGACUCAGAUAAUUGGGUACACACAUUAUUUCUGCCACCCUACUCUCUCUCUCCUCUCCUAUCUCAGAGCUAUAGGAAGACCCUGAGUGGAGACAUUCUGGAGUGUAAUGCUAAUUCAAGCUUGACAUUUCAUUGUGGCAAAUCCUUCUGAUUACCAUAUCUAUCUUUUCAGUCCAUCUAAUUGAAAUUGGAUUCAAUCAAAAACUGCACGGUGUACGAGCCACUCCACCAUACGUGUGUCACAUAAUUGAACGUAUUAUGGUACAAUGUACACAAUAUGUACACAAAGAAGAAUAGUGAUUCUUGACUGAUGUAUUUUCCUUUGUACAAUUCCUUAGUUCACAUGAUUUAACAAUUUACAAUGUUGUACAUUCAAUAAAGUUUACUCAAAGGCUACAGAUGGUUCUACGUACACCGUAUCUGUGUCUAAAAACUGAACAUUUCAACUGAAAAUACAAAGUCUCUCACUCAUAUGUCUACGACCCAAUUCCUUGCUGUGUGAUUAUUCUUCUCCUAGAAACCCACUUUCUGAGAACUGUUCCUCCUUUGGGUUUUAGAUAACAUGAAUUUUGAUCAGUCACUGGUCCAAAAGUAGUGCUUCUGUUUCGUCUCCCUUUUUAAAGGUGGGGAUGGAAGUGUUCCCCAAACAUUGCUCUUGUGUCUUCUCUUCUGUUCUGCUAGUUGUAAAAAACCUCAUCCUCAUAUAGGGAGCUGCUGUCUACGUGUCGAACGGUGGUGGCCUCUGCAGCUCCAGACCUCCCAUCCUCUGGGGGGCGCCGCUCACUGUCUUGCUGAGAGGGGGGAGAUAUGGGGGAAACAGAAAAGGCUGGGUGUGGAGGCCCCAGGGAGCCGGCAUCGUAGUUGUUGUUGGCCUUUGUGUGGAUACUGUACAGAUGCUGAGGGAGCCCAACGCUGCCAACGUCUAACAGAAAGUGAGACACAAAGUGGCUGUCUGGGGACAGGAAGUUGACAAAACAUAAAUUGUCAUUCAGGGGUUAUUACAUGAGAGAACAUCUCAACAUGAGCUAAAACAGUUAGUGAAACAAAGAAGUGGAAAGAUGGGUUGGAAAUGGUAUUCAACUAAAUACAAGAAGCCUCUACAUUUGACAAGGAUUAUUUUGAUGUGGCACUGGUCAGUGAAUGGUCAGUACCUUGCAGAGGGUCUAAGCUGGAGGAUGGCUGUUCUGGGCCUUCGUGCAUCGACCAGACAUUCAUGGCCGCUUCAGCCAAGGCAAAUUGCUCCGCUACUCCUGAGAAACCAAGGGACAUAGGGGUUAGAAGACCUCCCGCUGGCUUCCCUACUCCAUCACUCAUCAGUGCAGGGGCACAGCUUUCACUGGGGACGGGGGGAACAUGUCCCCCCCACAUUCUGAAAUUGCAUUUUUGUCCCCCCCAGUUUUAUCAUUGGAAUGUGAUACAAAAUGAGGCAUCGGUGUGCUUUAGGACCAUGCGGACGCCUCCAAGUGGUCGGGUAGGCUGUAGGCUGAGGAUUAUUUGUUCUGCUCUGGAGAGAGAGGGGAUAAAGAGGAGGAUUAAGGAGGGAGGAGAAGGUGGAAAAUAGUUUCCUAAGGUUAGAGGCAGAAGCGUGAAAUGUAAGGGUUGUGUAAGGGUUGUGUUCCCUAUAUAGUGCACUUCAUUUGACCAGGGUAGUGCAAUAUAUAGGGAGCAUGGUGCCAUUUGGGACAUACCCAAGGCUUUGUUUCCUCUCUGCUCACCUGCGGCGAAGCGGGCCUCCUUGAUCUCGUCGGUCAGGUGAGAAUAGAGCUGCUCAUCUUCCUGCAGGUCACCCCCUCCUUCACCCCCGCCCCCCCAGCCCUUCCACUCUAUGAGGUGUGCAACGCGCCCCUGGGCCAUGGCCGUGGGCUUGGUGAUGUGCUCCUUGAUCAUCACCACCAGUCCUGA